CAUUGUUGCUUUUUGUUGUUACAUUGUUUUGUGUUGUCUUUCUAAGCCUGAUGUUCUCUGAUAAUUCACACUGCCCUGAUUGUGGGCAGCAGUGGUCCCCUAGUUUAGAACUAGGCCACUGGUUGUACCAAACUGGACUUGUUGAAAAUGAAUGUUACCAAGUGGUUUUAGACUGUAUUAACAGGGCUAAUUAUUGCCCUGAAUGUUACCCUGACAAGCUUGCUAAUAGAAGCCUUGUUCUGCCUUGGUCUUUCCCACUUGAGUGGGCACCUCAAAAUCUCACCAGGUGGACCUUUAAGAAAGCUUGCCAUCCAUUUCUUCUGGGCCCUCCACUGGUUAGAAAAAAGAUACAUGACUCCAGGGUAGCUGGGUUUAAUCCUGCAUUACAAUUAAUCUUGAGCAGAACAGACAAAACCUUAAACAAGAAAUGUGGCCAAAGCAAAAGACUUCUGUAACAGAAUCAUGGAGACUCUCAAGGGCUUUGUGUUCAUAGCCUAGCGGAGGAGAAGAAUUAACUUGUUUCUAUUUUCCUUCUCUUUUUUCUUUCUUAAUUUUUUAAGGUGCUGGGGAUUGGAUCUGGGUGCCUUGUGCAUGCUAGGCAAGUGCCCUUCCACUAAGUUAAAACCAAGGCUCCCCUUUUCUUCUUUUUUUUUUUUUUUGAUAUGAUUGUUUAUUUUGUUUCUGCUAAUUAUAAACAAGAGGCAAUAGCAAAUCUCUCCCAUGUCAUUAACACACGUGUUCAUAUUACUUUUCACAGAGAUAGGCAUUUUUCACAAAACAGUCUGGUCGAUGGGUUAAGUUUACCUCAUCUGCAUCUCUAUACAACUGUCACACUCACUGAUGGCUUCUUCCCCUGUAGCCCUUGUUCUUGUAUCUUGAGCUUCACACUAGACAACUCUCACAUUUCUGGAAGCCUUUUGAUGGUGUCAUUCACCAGGUAAU